AUGGACCUCGCUGUCUGCUCUGAGGACCGCAGCGGCUUGCUGAGCCGCCUUGGCCGGCAGCCGCUGGCGCAGCUGGCGAGCCUCCCCUCCGGCUCUCCUGCCGCCGGCGCGACCGCCGAGGGCUGCCUCCUGCUCCGCGACGAUGCGCACACCUCGGCGGAAUACGCCGACGAGUGCCGCCGCUACCGCCUGGGCGUGGCGUCCACGCUCUUUGCGCAGGCGGCGCUCAACGCGGCCGAGGCGGUCGAGCAGGCGUGCCGGCGCGGCGCGCUGCUCUCCACGGGCAUGGCGCCGCUGGACGAGGCGCUGGGCGGCGGGCUUCAGACCGGCGAGGUGGUCGAGCUCGUCGGCGCCUCGGGCAGCGGCAAGUCGCAGGCGUGCAUGGCGAUCGGCGCGCGGCAGCUCGCCGCCUCGGACUGGCACGUGCUGUACAUCGACACGGCCCUCUCCUUCACGGCGGAGCGGAUGCUGCAGCUGCGGCGGCUGCGGGAGCGGCUGCGCGUCGUGUCGGAGGCGCAGGACGUGCUCGGCGCGUGCUCGGCGCGCCUGCUCUGCGUGCUCGAGUCGCUCGUCGCGGAGCUCUCGAGCUGCACCGACGGAGGGUCGUGGUACCGCCGCCUCAAGCUGCUCAUCGUCGACUCGGCCUUCGCGCCUCUGCUGUCCGAGGCGGCGGAGGACUCGCGCUCCCUCGCAGGCGCGCAGCUCGCGCGGCUGCAGCUGCUCCUCCGCCAGCUGGCGGCGCGCUGGCAGCUCUCCGUCCUCGUUACCAACGCGGCCCCCGCCGGAAGCAACGAGCGCGCCCGGCUGGUGAGCUGGCUCACCGUGCGGCGGAAGUCGCACGCGGCGCGCCACCACGCCGACCCGUCCAGAGGCACGCCGCCGCCGGCCCUCUCGCUGCGACUCUGCCGCGCGACGCACCGCCUGAGCGUGGCGGCCGGCUGA